CGUGGGGACGCAGGCGAGUCGUAGAGAGCGUGAGUUUCCGCGUCUGUUUGGUCCCGCUCCUGUUGUCGGUUCUGAGCGGCAACUUUCGCCACUUGCCCGGGCUGCGGGCGUUUCCCCGGGCUGCGGGUGCUGGCGGCCGGGCUGGGGCUGCUGGGCGGAGGUCGGCGCCUCCCGAGGGGCUAGGGCGAGGGAGGCAUGGUGGGGUUGGAGGCACAGCCUCCCCGUCCGGCGUAAGUCCGAGAGCGGGGAGGGUGUUUCCUGGGGCAACUCCACCUGAGGUCCUGUCGACGUUGCCCCAUCUCCACCGGACCGCACGGGAACGAUGUGCCCAUACUCGGAGGAAGGGGUUGUCGCUGAGCGAGUUUUUUAAAGGGUUCCUUUUGAAAGCAGGAAGUUUGAAGUGAUGUUGCAUCAGCAACAGAGCGUGCAGUUUCAGGUGCUCUUGGGACAGCUUUCAGUUUCUCAGAACAAGUCUAACCCUCACCGCAGUAAUAACUUUUAUUAGAGGACAAAAAAUCCGCCAAAGUAAACCGUUUCUGCCCAAACCCUAAAAACCUUUGGAUAAACGUUUGCAAGAAACGGAUCACAGCCUUAUUUGUUUUUCGAAACUGAGCAUAAACUCUUUUGAAGACUCAGCGUUACUGUCAAAGUGAAUGAUUGCCUGCCUAGUUAUGAUUCAAUUAUCGAGGUGUUCAGGUCUCUUUGGAGUACACUCAGUGACUCCCAGGCUAUUUUUCCCCCCCUUUGAAAUUGCCUAUUAGAAGGUUUUAUCGAGUUUCUCACAGUUGUGUGUCUUUUUGAGGUUGUUCUAAUAAACUUUAAAGGCUUCUGGUUUGCUGUGGGCCUGCCAUCGCUGUGGAAAGCAAGUAUUCUUUCAAAGAAGAAUAGAAGUACAUUGGUUUCUAAAUAAUCCCAGGACGCUAGGAUCAGCAUCACUUGGGAACUUCUUGGAAAUGCACAUUUUGGGGUCUUACCCCAAACUUACUGAAUCAGAAAUGUAUUUUAACAAGCCUUCCAGUUGAUACUAAUGCGCCUGGACGCUAAAGUUUGAGAAUUAAUGGCGUAGUGAUAACACCCAUUGUGGAGUCACAUAUAAUAGAAUUUGAAUUGAAGUAAUUCCUAGAUGGAAAAACUUGGACGUGUUACCUUACAGGGCUGGAGUAUGAAGAUGCAAGAAAAAUGUGUAACACCAAACACAUAGAAAACCCUCAAAGAUGUUAUUAAAUAAUAGAACUGCAUAAAAUAAGUACAUAGUUUGUGCUGGAAGGAUUCUUCAGCGGGGUAGAUAUGAGCAGUAGUGCAUGGAUAUUGGGACCACCGCUUAGAAGGUAUUUUGUUUACCUCGGGAUUCUCAAUUCUGUGUAGUCAAGGUUGUUGGAUGCAGGAUAUUCAGUUAAAAGUUAAAGCAGUGCAUACUAAUGCUAUUGUGGUUGUAGGAUUUUUAAGAAUAGCUUUAGUAUUUAUGUUGAAGAGUAGUUUUUAAUUCUUUGGGCUUCUGAUCUCUUCAGUUUUAUGUGUUUAUUUGGAGACAGUUUCUUUCUGCCGCCUAGGGACUGGAGUGCAAUGGUGUGAUCUUGGCUCACUGUAACCUCUGCCUCCCGGGUUCAAGCGAUUCUCCUGCCUCAGCCUCCCAAGUAGCUGGGAUUACAGGCAUCUGCCACCAUGCUUGGCUAAUUUUUGUAUUUUUAGUAGAGGCGGGGGUUUCACCACGUUUGCCAAGCUGGUCUCGAACUCCUGACCUCAGGUGAUCCACCUGCCUCGUCUUCAGUUUAGUUAUACCUUCUUUGACCCAGAAUUUGGUAAAGACAAGAGGUUCAGCUGUCUGUAUAUCUCCCCAGAUACCUAAAACUGACCACCUGAGCACGUUUUCCCAUUGCUGAGCUGUUUCCCUGAUAUCUGGCCAUGCAACGGAGAUCAAGAGGGAUAAAUACUGGACUUAUUCUACUCCUUUCUCAAAUCUUCCAUGUUGGGAUCAACAAUAUUCCACCUGUCACCCUAGCAACUUUGGCCCUCAACAUCUGGUUCUUCCUGAACCCUCAGAAGCCACUGUAUAGCUCCUGCCUUAGCGUGGAGAAGUGUUACCAGCAAAAAGACUGGCAGCGUUUACUGCUCUCUCCCCUUCACCAUGCUGAUGAUUGGCAUUUGUAUUUCAAUAUGGCAUCCAUGCUCUGGAAAGGAAUAAAUCUAGAAAGAAGACUGGGAAGUAGAUGGUUUGCCUAUGUUAUCAGCACAUUUUCUGUACUUACUGGAGUGGUAUACCUGCUCUUGCAAUUUGCUGUUGCCGAAUUUAUGGAUGAACCUGACUUCAAAAGGAGCUGUGCUGUAGGUUUCUCAGGAGUUUUGUUUGCUUUGAAAGUUCUUAACAACCAUUAUUGCCCUGGAGGCUUUGUCAACAUUUUGGGCUUUCCUGUACCGAACAGAUUUGCUUGUUGGGUCGAACUUGUGGCUAUUCAUUUAUUAUCACCAGGGACUUCCUUUGCUGGGCAUCUGGCUGGGAUUCUUGUUGGACUAAUGUACACUCAAGGGCCUCUGAAGACAAUCAUGGAAGCAUGUGCAGGUUUAGGUGGUUUUUCCUCCAAUGUUGGUUACCCAGGACAGCAAUACUACUUUAAUAGUUCAGGCAGCUCUGGAUAUCAGGAUUAUUAUCCACAUGGCAGGCCGGAUCACUAUGAAGAAGCACCCAGGAACUAUGACACGUACACAGCAGGACUGAGUGAAGAAGAACAGCUCGAGAGAGCAUUACGAGCCAGCCUCUGGGACCAAGGAAAUACCAGAAAUAGCCCACCACCCUACGGGUUUCAUCUCUCACCAGAAGAAGAAAUGAGGAGACAGCGGCUUCACAGAUUCGAUAGACAGUGAGGUGGCGUCUUGGGAAGACAUGGCCUAUUCGUGUAAUUAUUGCUGCCCAUUUGGCUCAUUCCCCAAGCCCCUAAAUCAUUUUAAUUUAUUUUAAACAAAAGCAGAGUACACCGGUAUUGCUCCAGAUUGCUCACAUCGCCUGGGACGGUCCCAUGGCCCCUAUGAGUCAACGCACAGCUUGCAGGGAGUGGGCCUUCUCCUGGCCUUGUUCUUGCUCAUAAACAGGUCACUUUCUCCACGAAGGGACCAGUUUCCACACUCCUUUCUCUCACUGCUGACUCAGCAAUGCCUCUGCCUCGGUCUGCUUUUGAAGACUGUGACCUUCACCAGGAGGUUUUACUUACACCAGUUGGGAAGAUUAGUCCCUCAUUCUGCCUGGAGUGCCCCGUGUUUGACUUGGCAGCGGGUGUGCAGCCAUCCCCGUGUCCUCCUGGCGCAUUGCCACUGCGGCUGUCCAGGAACAGGAUGUGGCUGCCUUGGCUGAAUGUUGUCCUACUCUCCCCAACCCCGGCGCCUCGGCUCCUCAGUUCCUCGGGCCCCUGCGUCUGGCUGAUGUUUGCAGGGCUUUUCGCUCUGCUCUGGUAUUGCUCUGCCUUUACAGAAAGUCUUAUUGAAGAAGUGUAAGAAAGACCUAAGGUGGGGAAGACUCCUACACACACCAUUAGUAUCAGUGACACCAGCAAUGUAGGUUCCCAGCCCCUUUCCGGUGGCAGCUUGUGUGCCAGGAGAUAGGACGUCAUUUAACGCAUCAGCAAAGUAGCAGCAGAUGCCACAUACAGAGUAGAGCGAAGGCAUUUGAUGGAUCAGUCACUAGAGAUCUAUCUUGCAGAAGGUAUGUUUUUCCUCAUAAAAGUGCCUCUUAAUUGGCCAUUGUACCAGCCACUUGUCCUAGGCAAAUGUCCAAAAUACGCCCCUGGGCCCCGCAAACUUACAAUCCACAGAUUGUCUGUCUGAGUCAUUUAAGGCAUUUCCUGGUGCUUAUGUUCCAUGAAUAAAAGGACAAAGUCAGAAGAUCACUGAUGUCUUACUGUUACGAAGAUAUUUUAAAAGAGAGAAUCAGAAAAAGAUCUUCCUUUUUUGAUCUACAAUUUAUAUAGUUUUCUGAUUAUGCACAUAAUUGAUAUGCCUUCCAGAUGCAUAAGGCAAACAUCUGGAAAGAAAUAUACCCAAAUGUUAGCAAGGGUUAUCUUUGGAAGUGGAGUACAUGGGAUUUUGCUUUCUUCAUUUUUGUAAUUUUAUAUUACUGUCUUGGAAGAUGUGUUUAUAUGUGUGUGUUACUUUUACAAUCAGGAAAACAUUUAUAUAAUAAGAAAUAUAUAGUCAAGAAGACAGACUUAAAAAUAAAUACUAUGUGUCCAUUGAGAAAAUUCACAAUAUAAACAGAAAUACAAAUAAAUACAUACACAAUUUUAAAGUCACCUGUAGCCCUACCCUUAGAGGUACCCAGGGUUAACAUUCUGGUGGUAUUGUCUUCUCCAUUUUUCUUUUGAUACAUUCAGCAAAUUUGGAGCAUAUUGACUAUGGAGUUUUGUAUCCAAAUCCAAUCUGAAUUUACCUGGAAGAGGCCUUGACACCUGCAUGGAAAUGAGCUCAGAAAACCACUGAAGCCUUGGGAGCUCUUUGACCUCCUGGUUGGCCCAAUAAUAUCUGAGCUCCUUUGGUUAAUUUAUAACUGAUGUAAAACUACAUCUUCUUUAUAAUAUAAAUUGUUCCUGUGAGUCUAGAAGCUAUAAAUGUGUUUAAAUUAAAAUAUUCAAGCUAAAUGUUACUGCUGUCUCCCAAAUUCUGUAAGUUUGACUCCCGUUACCCCAAUUAGAAGUAACUUAUUUCUUGCAUGCCACUUUUAUAGCAUUUGGUAAUUCUGCUAUAACACUUAUAUCUUGCCCCUGUUAUUAUCUGUGCACAGCUACACAAAGGUGUGCCUUCUACGUGGGAACAUGGAUUGUGAAUGACUCUGUAAUGAGGCCUGAGUCUUAGUUAUCUUUCCACUCACUCCCCGUCUCCCCUUUCCAACCCCAAAGGCUCAACGAUAGGGGCUCAUUAAAUGUCAGUGUUUAACCAAAGUAUUUUUUCCAUUGUAUUAAGGGUCCAAUCACUGUAUAUGGAAGUAUUUUAUUUUUUAUUUUUUUAUAUCACUUGAGUCCACUAGUAGUACUUCCUUGCUCUGACUUGUCAGAUACAAAGACACAGGAUUAGAUUUUGGGUGGUAAAAUUGUGAUACCCAUGGCUGUUUAUGGAGUGGGAUAUCUUAGUGAUGUGAGAAAGGUCAUUUUAGUUAUAAAUGUAAACCAAUUACUUUAGCACAACAAUAAAGAUGUUCUGGAAAUUA